ACAAAAUAUCUUCCCCCCUCCAUCAUUCAGUGGCGGGCCGUCGCCGGAAGACAGGCACCGCCCGGCGCCUAAUCCCUCUCUCGCCUCUCUCCGGCUUCCCUCCCCCUCUACACACCGGAGAUCCAUGUUUCCGGCUGAGGGAACUCGGCAGUCCGCAAGCCCUAGCUGUUCCAUUUAUUAUCCAUACAAUCCAAUCAUCGGCGGCAUUGCGAUGGAGUCCGACGACGACGACGUACCCCCGUUCCCGCCGGCAUCCGAGACCUUGGAAAAGAACAGCAUUUUGUACCUGAUACUGCGAUUAUUCGCAGCUCUCCUUCUCCCCAUCAUAUUCCUCUUCUUCUUCUUAUCGUUUUCGAUCGGCAUCCUUGCUGUCCUCCUCGGUAGUUUCUCUGCCCCGAGCCACGUCUCCCUGCCUUCUCAGUGCAAGAUUGUCUCUAGCAGUGUGGAUAUCCGGUCGUCGAAAGUUUGCGAUCUUGGGCUCUUAAAUUACAAUGCCAAGACUGUCUUCAGCCCUUCUGAGAAAAGGAAAUUCCGAUGCCAUUAUGAUUACUACUGGGCUUCGGUUUUUAAGGUAGAAUAUAAAGAUCAUCUGUCUGGACAGACUCGACUUGCAUUGGCUGAGGCACCGAAUGAGGCCCUUCCAAUUGAUUGCCGCCCUAGUUUCAGUACAGCUUGGCUGACGAAAGAUAAAUUUAAGGUGAACCAGACUUAUGACUGCUGGUAUGCUACGAGCAUGUCCAAAGUGAGCAUCUAUGAUGAUGAUUUCUUCAGUUGCCAAGCCAAGGAUCCUUCUAUGGUUGAGAGGCUUGAUAGAUAUUAUGUCUUGUUCACAGAGAUGUUGCAUUCUUGGUAUAUCAGGAGUAAAACAGCCGGAUCUAGAUAUUGGUAUUGGGAAACAUUUGCUGGAGUCAUUGCAGGCUUCUCGACUGCUUUAAUGUCCCUCAUGUUACUUGCAGUUGUACAACAAAUGAAAUCCUUGCCCGGAUUCUGCACAGCCCGUUUGCUUCCUCGGGCUGUCUUCUUCAAGAGGGCUUGCAUCCUCGUGGUGUACCUGUCUUUCACCGGUUGGUUAGUCACUCAAUAUGGAAAGAGGCUAGGUCUUCCAGUGACUUAUGUUUAUAUACACUAAGAAGACCCCUUUUCUUUUUCUUUUCCCGUUCCAUGAUUGCUUAGUUUGCGGCCUUUUGUAACAUGGCCAAGUAGUUACCCACUGGAAGAUGCAGCAACUUUGUACAACUAUAGCAACCUAUUGGUAGAGAUGGUAGCCUGUGCAGCUUGCUAUGCACUGUAAAACCGAGCAGAAUGUGUGUAGAUGAGGAGAAUGCAUGUGUGUUUUAUUCCGCAUGUAUAUAUUCUUUCCAUCGAAGAGCUAUAUAUAGAUUGGGAAUUGUGCAGCAGAAAUGCUUGUUGGGUUUUUGCUUA